AGAACUCCAUUAUGCAGCGUGCUGUCUUCCUGCUUCUUCUGGUUGCUCUUAUUAUGUGCGUAGCGGGUGGCGAAAUUGGAUGGGGAUUUGUUCGCCCUCGUUGGUAUUAUGGCGGAAGACGCCUCAACGGCUGGAUGCGAUCAUUCGGCAAUGAAGGCAAUGGAGCUGGUGACAUGUACAAUGAAGGACAAUGAAAAAUACGAUAUUCACAUCGAUUAAAUGUGUUUAGCUAGAAAUUCCCUUUUAUUUGAACUGAGCCGAAGAGC